AAAUUGUGGCUUUUCCAUCGGUUUUCAUAAGAAACAAUGGCAUGAAUAUUAUCCCUGGAGUUUGCAUAGACAAAAAUAUGACUAAAUUUCUAUUUGACCAAAUACUACCAAAGCCAAAACAUCUCACCCAGGCCUUCCGUUUUAAUUCCUUCUUUGUGCGCUCAAUAUCUUGCGGAGUGGCCUCCCGUUUUCUUCUUGGUGCACUCAAGGACAUGGAACUCCGCCAGAGAUGGAGCAAUACAUCAACACAAAGACAUGGAGCUCCUCUACGAACAGAGCAAUCCGACCGUCUUGUCCUCGCCAUCGCCCUCCGCGGACAGCAGAAUAAUCACCGCCGCCGCCCUGGUCUUCUCCGUCCUUUCCAGAUCCAGUCGCCUCCCUGGCCGUCGUCAUCUCCUUGGCCGUCGUCAUCUGUUUUCGUGGACGGAGUAGACGGAUUGUUUCUGUCGUCAUCGCCAACGUUCAGAUCUGUGAUACCUAUGAUUUCUAAGAGAUGUCGUGCGGCGCUCUGGCGGCGAGGAGCAUCACCGGCGGUUGAUCCAGAUCCAGUUGGAACAGCUAGGGUUGGGGGUAUUGCGGUGGCUUGGGACAAGAUUUGGGCCAAGGGAAGGUAGGGAGGGACUAGGGAGGGGGCUAGGGGCAGGGGAGGGGUGAUUUGGGGGCGAAGGAGGUUAUGCUAUGAGCUAUCGACGGCGGCGGUAGACUCGAUGGCAGUACGUGGUGGGGAUGCAUCAGUGUUUUUUGUUGUCACGACUAGCCGGACAUGGUUAGGGUUGGGGAGGGUGGCUGUCACGGUGGCGGCGGUUUCUGGAACGGAAACUAUGAUGGAGGUUCUAUCACACUUUCACCGGAAAAAGUUGCCGGAAAAUUUUCCAGUGACAUAGUGACAUGUUACACGUGACACAGUGACACUGACGCUGGCUACAGUGACACGGGCGGUGGCUACAGUGACACGGGCGGUGGCUACAGUGACACGGGCAGUGGCUACAGUGACACCGAAGGUGGUGCCAGUAACAUUUGAUAGUGACAUUAAAAUUGAAUAGUGACAUUAAAAUCUGAUUAUGACACGGGCUAAAGUGACACGGGUGGUGGCUAAAGUGACACGGGUGGUGGCUACAGUGACACAUGCGGUGGCUACAGUGACACAGGCGGCGGCUAUAGUGACACGAGCGAUGGCUACAGUGACAUGGGCAGUGGAUGUAGUUACAAAAAAAAACGAAUAUAGUGACAUAAAAUUUUUACAGUUACAUCAUGUUUUCUAAUUGCACAUAUAUGACUUUCUUGAUCACUUUUUUGCCCCUUUUUAAAAGUGGUCACUUUUUGGAUAAAUGGUUCAAAAUUAGUAAUAUCCUAAAAACCCCUUUUCAUAAAUCGGUACUCUUUUCCCUUCUCUUUUUGAUAAUACGUAGUAUUUGAUUAGUAGAAUAAUCGUUUACCUAUAUAAAAAGUAAAUUAAUAUUAUCUCGUUCUUAAAUAAAU